AUGGAAAUAAAAAAGCAGGCAGAAAUGAAUGACAAAAUUGUAAAGAUAUUGCUGCUUGGAGCUUCUGAUUCAGGAAAAAGCACAAUAGCUAAACAAAUGAGGAUAUUGCACACUGAUGGAUUCACUCAUGAAGAGCGACAACAUUACAAAUAUAUGGUUCAAAGUAACUACAUUGACUCCUUCGUCCACAUAGCCAAAGGCAUAUAUAAACUACAAAUAGAUAUCCCUCCAUCGGAACGUGAACUGAUUUCGACUUUCGAACAGUCUUAUUAUGGCCAAUAUUUUAACAUGACCGAAUCAAACGAUUUAAUUGGAAUUGUUUGUUUUUAA